AUGGCAGCGUUCCGUUCACAUCAUCGGCGACGGAUCGCUCUGAUUAUUUUAGGACUAAUUACCGUUCUCACCUGGACCUUCGCAGCGUCACGAUCGCAGAGUGCCAACAGAGUUACCAGCCAUGAACAGUUCUGGUCUGAGUUCUAUCCGAUACUUAUGGCCUCGGAGCCUUACUCCAAUUCCCCAAAGAGGGUCAGCAACGCCGAAUCUGUGGGAUUCGACCCUAAGAAUACCGAUCCGCUACCUAACCUCCUGCGCCUCUCCAGAGAGGAUGUCUCCGCGAUGAGACUCUCACACAGCAAGUUCGUCGAUUUGAUUAGGCACAAUCCACCAAGCCUACACUACCAACCGCACACUCGUGGCCUUGUUUCAACCGCCGGCGGCUCCUACCUCCCUGUACUCGUUAUCUCCCUGCGUAUGCUUCGCCGAAGUGGCUCGACCCUCCCGAUGGAAGUUUUCCUCGCCAGCUGGGAUGAGUACGAUGGCUAUGUCUGCCAAAUUGUACUUCCUUCCCUGAACGCGCAAUGUGUUGUUCUGUCCGAGAUUCUCGACGCCAUUUCCGACAGUAGAUCCAUCGAGAAAUACCAAUACAAAGUCUUCGCCAUGAUGUUCUCCUCCUUCGAGGAGAUUCUCUUCCUAGACGCAGAUGCGUUUGCUCUCGAGGACCCAGAAAUCUUAUUUAUUUCCGAACCCUUCACCUCAAAAGGCCUAGUCACCUGGCCGGACUUCUGGCGACCAACCACAUCGCCACUAUACUACGAGAUUGUAUCACAGGAUGAAACAGCCGGGAAGAACAAAGAAAAACAAGAGAACCCCGCUACAAUUCGCCAAUCCACCGAAUCCGGAGAACUGCUCCUCUCCAAACGAACACACACACGCACCCUCCUACUCGCAGCAUACUACAACUUCUACGGCCCAAGCCACUACUAUCCCCUCCUUUCCCAAGGCGCCGCCGGCGAAGGAGACAAGGAGACCUUUAUUGCAGCAGCAACAGCCCUCAACGAGCCCUUCUACCAAGUCAGUGAGCCAAUCCGCGCUGUGGGUAGAGGAACGCCCGAUGGCUUUGCAGGGUCCACCAUGGUCCAGUACAAUCCACUAGAAGACUAUGCCUUGACUAAGAAAGGCGAGUGGCGCAUCCGGGGCGCAUCCGUACCACCCCCACAUCCGUUCUUUGUCCAUGUCAAUUUUCCCAAGUUUAAUCCGGCUACGGUGUUCCAUGAUAACGGGCCUGUGGUGGAUGAGAAGGGGGGGUAUACACGGGCGUGGACGGCACCGGAUGAUGUGGUGGAGGCAUUUGGAGGGAAGAAGACGGAGAAGGCGUAUUGGAGGGAGAUUCUUUGGACAGCGUGUGCUCUGGAGGUAAGUAUGAGACAAGCUGUCGGUUCUUCUUUACAGAAGAUUGGAACGAUCAAUCAUUGGAUCGACAGUCUAGACGCAUACAUACUAGUAUUCAAGUCUGAUAAUAAGGAUAUGCUAGUCAAGCAAAGGGAAUUUGAUAGAAGUGCUUUAGCCCCAGUAUUUGUAGAUAACAGACAGUACAGGGAGUGUAAUGGUCGCUAUCGAUUAGUCGCAUAA